UUAUCAACUCCUCCACGCGAUUAUUUAUACUUGCCAUUGCAGACAUUCUUACACACGUUGCCCAGAAGGUAUUUAGGUUAUAUUUAUUUACACUGCCCUGGUGUAUGUAUCAAUUUUGGAGUUACUCAGUCGCGUAUGGAUAAGCCAGAUGUGAUUGAACAUUUUUUUGGAGUUUAUUUACUCUAUUGCGAGAAUCCAAAAUACAAGGGGAGAGUCUACAUUGGAUACACAGUGGAUCCUGUGAGAAGACUGAAGAGGCACAAUGCUGGAAAAAAAUUCGGAGGGGCGUGGAGAACUAGUAAUAAAGGGCCAUGGAAUAUGGUGCUCAUUGUUCACGGAUUCCCAAACGCCACCAGUGCCUUAAGAUUCGAAUGGGCAUGGCAGCAUCCUCAGUUGAGUCGUCGUUUACGUCACGUUCAAAAAAAAAAAACAAGAGAAAAGACAUUCGACUACACUUUGAAUGUAUUAUCUGCAAUGCUCCAAGUAGGCCCGUGGUGUCGUCUACCCCUGACCCUUCGUUGGUUGGACGAUGCGUUCGCUGAGGUCCAUUCCGCACAAAUAUCACCACCAAUGCAUAUGCCAAUCAGUUACGGCAAAGUAACUUCAAGCAAACACCAUCGAAAGCUAAGGGAUAAUCAUAACAACAAGGAACCAGUAAUUGAGGAUUCUCUACUGUCCAUCUGCGACAUUUGUUACAUGAUAUUGGAUAAAACUGAUAAAGUAAUGUGUAUUAAAGAAGAUUGCCAACUAAUUGCCCAUAUCAUUUGUUUAGCUAAAGAAUUCAUUAAGGAUGAUAAGAUCCUCCCAAUUGAGGGAAAUUGCCCCGCCUGUAAGAGCAAUCUACUGUGGGGGCAUGUAAUUAGAAAAAAAAUUGGCUCUAAUAUGCAUCUCAAUGAAUUUCAUUCAGACUCUAGCGAUAAUGACUCAUAGUAAUUAAAUCUUUCGUUUGUUUGAUUCAAUUGUACAAUUUAAAGUGCUCUAUGUAUAACUCUCAAGUUGAAUCACGCGCCAAAAUGGGCAUUAAUUCCGAGAUCAUGUGAACAAUAUAUUUAUGUUAAUGUAAUUUGUAAAUAAAUUUAUCGAAUGAAUUAUCAAUAAUAAAACUCCUUUACAAUUUAUAUCACUUUAUAGGUCAUUUUUCAUAAUUAAAAAAUAUAUUUUUUUGACUAUAU